AUGAGCAGCCCAAUGUCUCAGUCGGCAAGGAAAGCCUAUGACAAGCUUUCAUCUUCACUGCUGUCAGAUGACAAGGAUGAAGAGCAGAACUCCAUCGCAGACCUAGUGAGCACACAGUUGUUUGAGUGGAGCUGUAAGUACUUCUCGGAACCCUGCAUGUGUCUGAAGAAAGAGAACGACCCAGAGAGUCAGGCCUACCACCAACGGGAGUACAGGUUCCUGAGAAAUGCCAGGGUCCGAACUCAAGGCAGGGAUCAGCUGAGAGUUGGAGUGUCCCGUCUUGAUGAUCAGAUGUUUGUCAACAGAGUUGGCGCAGUACCCACAGCCAUCAAGUUCCACCCAUAUGAAAAUUUCCUGGCCGUUGCAGAUGCCGGCAAUGUUUCGUUCUGGGACCUAGAACAAGGAACCAAGAUUUCAGACAUAGCAAAUCCUGCUUCUGUGGAGAAGGCUGCAUUUCUUCAGACACGCACCAGUCGUAUCACAUCCAUAGACUUCAUCAAUCCUCAUGACCAGGCCUUGUUCAUGUUCUGUACAGAUGAUGGUGCUGUUCGAAUACACAGAAACUUUUUGUCACCAAAUGAAUCCGAGAGAGAAUUGGUGACGGCUUUUAGAGGUCUUUCAGAAAUUGUCCCUUCAGAAAGAGGUUCUGGUAUAGUGACGGAGUGGGAGCAAGAGACCGCCACACUGAUCAUCUCUGGGAAUGCAAGGAUCAUCCGACUCUGGGACAUGCAGAGAGAGAAGACCAUCUGUGAUAUCAACACUGGAGCCGAAAGUUGUGUGACCAGCUUGGCAUCUGAUCCCAUGGGUAAAUCAUUGUUGAUCGCUGGCUGUGGUGAUGGGUCAGUGCGUCUCUUUGAUCGCAGAAUGAAUCCAACGGAAUGCCGUGUCAUGACCUUAAGGGAACACAACUCCUGGGUGCUCAAGGUACAUUUACAGAGAGGAUCAGAGGGCAAGAUUGUCAGUGCAUGUUGUGAUGGUGAUAUCCGGUUCUGGGACCCACGGUUCACAGAUUCUGUCAGGGUCUACAGCACGCCAACAACACUGUCUUCUGUUGACAUCCACCCUCGGGCAGACAUCAUUGCCUGUGGCUCCACCAAUCAGUGCAUGACUGCUUACAGCCCCCACGGCACAGUACUGAGUACAGUCAAAUACCACGAGGGUUUCCUGGGACAGAGGAUUGGCAAUGCUAGCUGCAUGUCUUUCCAUCCAUAUUUGGUGCAGCUGGCAACUGGCAGUGCUGACUGUUUUGUUUCUAUCUACACAACACAGAGAAAUGUCCCACAGUCAUAA